AAAAUCUGAUCAUCGAUCUAUACGUAGAUCCAUGGCGACUGAGGCGUACCAGGAGCACCUCCCGUCCGUGCCUGGUUGGCUAAACAAAGGCGACAACGCAUGGCAGAUGACAGCAGCCACUCUUGUUGGCCUCCAAAGCAUGCCAGGCUUAGUAAUCCUCUAUGGCAGCAUCGUUAAGAAGAAAUGGGCCGUCAACUCAGCUUUCAUGGCUCUCUAUGCCUUCGCAGCUGUCCUCAUAUGUUGGGUUCUCGUCUGCUACCGAAUGGCCUUCGGUGACAAGAUUCUCCCCUUCUGGGGCAAAGGUGGUCCUGCCCUCUCCCAGUCUUACCUCAUCCGCCGUGCUGCCGUCCCUGCAACCGCCGAUAAUAACACGCCCAUGACCGAACCCUUCUACCCAAUGGCCACACUCGUCUACUUCCAAUUCACCUUCGCUGCUAUCACACUUGUAUUGCUAGCUGGAUCUGUUCUUGGUCGCAUGAACAUCAAGGCCUGGAUGGCUUUUGUUCCUCUUUGGCUCAUUUUCUCAUACACCGUCGGUGCAUUCAGUUUAUGGGGUGGUGGCUUCCUCUAUCACUGGGGUGUCAUCGAUUACUCCGGCGGUUACGUCAUCCAUCUCUCUUCCGGUAUCGCUGGCUUCACUGCAGCCUACUGGGUGGGACCAAGGUUGAAGAGCGACAGGGAGAGAUUUCCGCCCAACAACGUGCUGUUGAUGCUUGCAGGUGCAGGGCUUUUGUGGAUGGGUUGGUCAGGUUUUAACGGCGGAGCACCUUACGCCGCCAACAUCGAUGCUUCGAUAGCUGUGCUAAACACCAACAUAUGCGCAGCCACGAGCCUUCUCAUGUGGACAUCACUCGAUGUGAUCUAUUUCGGAAAACCAUCGGUGAUCGGAGCCGUUCAAGGUAUGAUGACAGGUCUCGUCUGCAUAACUCCCGGCGCCGGAGUGGUUCAAGCAUGGGCGGCGAUAGUGAUGGGUAUACUUUCCGGCAGCAUUCCAUGGUUCACAAUGAUGAUUCUACACAAGAAGUCCACCUUACUACAGAAGGUGGAUGACACACUAGGGGUAUUACACACACACGCUGUGGCUGGGCUAUUAGGAGGUGUGUUGACGGGGUUGUUGGCAGAACCGGUACUGAGUAAUCUCAUUCUACCGGAAACCGGCUCGAGGGGUGCAUUUUAUGGGAAGCGAGGAGGAGUGCAGCUUCUGAAGCAACUGGUUGCGGCGGCAUUUGUGAUCGGGUGGAACAUAGUGUCUACGACUGUGAUACUGCUGGCUAUACGGUUGGUUAUACCGUUGAGGAUGCCGGAAGAGCAGUUGGUGAUAGGAGACGACGCGGUGCAUGGAGAAGAAGCUUACGCUCUUUGGGGUGAUGGAGAAAAGUAUGAUGCUACCAAACACGGCCACGUGUCCACAUAUAACAUUCAUGAUGAAUCUACACCGUCCCGUAAUCUUAAUGGGACCGCCAGGGGAGUAACCAUUCAACUGUAAUCGUCAAUUCCCAU